UCCGGCCAUAGUAGGCUAGGUAGUUGCACCUUAAAAUGCGAUGAACGAGAGAGAGAGAGACGAUAAACUAAUAAUGCAUAAGUUUGCUGAGAAAAGUAGCAGAUUGACUGCAGCGUAAUAUUUUUUUAAACAAUGUACUUCACGCGUGUCCUCGUUGCCACGGCUAUUGGCUUCUUGUGGUAUUUCUCAGAUUACGGAGAAGUUACACUCCAGUUAGGCGUGUUUAUCUGCGUUCUUUUGUCUUUUAAGAUCUUCAAAAGGUCCGUUGAAUGUAGUACACAGACAGACGAAUUGGCUGAAAAUCCACCAAAUCAGGAGAUUGACGAGGAGAAAAUAUGCGGUUGUGAUGGGAGCAGUAUGAUCAGCACUAAGGAGGAAUCAUCUCAUGGGUUGCAAUAUGUAAAUGUUAAGAGAUCUCUUCAAAAAGUGUUUGAGUGUGCAUAUGUGCAGACGGUCGUUCCUUGGUACAAUGUGCCCGAGGUCAUCACCAGCCAGCCUCUGCAUGGAGCGCUCAAGACUGAGUUUGACCUGUUUGUUGAUCGGCUCAUCAGUAGGGCACGAGGGUUUAACCUUUGUGCUGCAAGUGUGGGGUGCAUUCGCAUCCUCACACAACACCUGCACAAUGCAAAGCAGUCCAAAGGAGCCCCUCUGUUCAGCUCCAAGGCGGAGGAGAUGGCAGUGCUCCGGGUGUUUUCUGAAGCCCUUGUGCGGAACCUCCUUCCGGAGACCUUGUGGGACCUUGAACUCUACCGCUGUAUUUUAAAUGAAGUAGUUGCUGUAAAAGUGUUAGACCUGCUAGUGACCUGGCUCUCAGACCCGGACAAUCUUAACCAGCUGGUAGUGGGUCAACUGGAUGGAGGGGUCGUCAGCCAAUCUGUGGAGGACCUCUGUGAGUCAGAGAGAGAGGACGGAGCCUCCUCCUCAGAGUCUGAAGACGAUGGAGCCUCAGCAGAUGAUGCAGAGGAUGUCCCCAGAAAGAAAACGAAAGCUGGUAAGAAAUUAAAAGAAGGAUGGUCAAAAUUUCUUGAAAAAAUGAAGUCCAAGAAGGCCAAGAAGAAGGAACUUAAGAAGAAGGAGCAGGAGCUCAUGUUCAAGGCCCUGGGUCAGCAGAGUCCAGCUUCCCUUGAUGAAGACUGUAAUGCUGCCAGCAGCAACGAGGGCUCUGUCAGGAGUGAGACAGACUCUGAAAGUGAGGACAGUGACCUAGAGACCUACCUUACAAGUGUCCAGGAGGACAUGAUGGAGUUUAAGUUGUCUUAUGAGAUGUGGAGAGUGGGGAACUGGAAUGUCACAGUGAAGAAUGUUCAGCAAGAGAAUGAGGAGUUAUGUUUCACAGUCCAUCUAGAAGAACGAGACAACCCUGAAAAUCUUCACUGGGAUGUGAUGAAGACACAAACAGACCUCCUCCACUUCCAUAGCCGAUGGCAGGACAUGUCAGGUCUGCCAUCGGUUUCUGCCAUAGUUGAUGACAAAGGGAGGGAUCUGGAUGAAGCAUUUCAAGAAGAAACUAAGACCACUUUGCAGAGUUUUCUUCAGGAACUGGUGUCAGAUUCCCAGUUUGGCCACAGUCAGCCCGUGUUUCAGUUCCUGUGUCCACUGGACAAGUUGCUGAGUGAGGAGCAACCUUGUGGAGGAGUGUGGGGUUUAGUCAGCGGCAUUGCCUACUUCCUGACUCCUUCAUUCGAGGAAGAGGAGCACUUUAGUCCGGUUGCAGAGGCUAACACGGGGGAUGUGAAAACUACAGUCAUAACGAAUAAGCUAGAGGCCAUGAAACAUACUGAAGGAGACGCUAUGGAACCUCAUCACUCCGGCCUCAACAGUAUUUGUCCUACCAAUACCAGUAACACUGACCAGGUUGAAGAGAAUGAACCUGUACGGGCCAAUGAUGACACAUCUGAAGGGUUAGAAGAUGGCGGGGAUCAAUCUGGAACCAUAAUCAGUGGGCUCUCCAGUAUCGCUGAAAGUUUUGAUGAAUUUCUGGCCAAAGCUAAAUCUGUGAUUCCCAAAGUGCAUCAGACAAUAAUCAAUCAAAAUUCAGACUCUUCGGUGUUGAAUGAUUCUUGGUCCCAUCUGGGGAACAAAACAAGUAAAAGAGACAAAAUUUUACACAGAAUGUCUGCUGGGAGGCACAAGAGCAAAGGAAAAGACCAAGGCUGCAUGGCAAAAGAGGACUCGAGCUAUUUGGAGAAAAAUACUAACCAGUCUUGGGAACACCUGGAAGCUACUAAAGCCAUAUUUGAUUUGCUGAAAGAAAUAUCUGGUAAUUCAUUUAUCCUCAACAUAUUUGAUGCUAUUUUAAAACCAGUUAUGCCUUUGGUGAAGAAGAAAGUGAAUAGCUUCUUGGAUAGAAUGAAUCCCACAGAAGCACAGGUAGCAUCCUACAUUGACACUGCUCGGGAGAAGCAGUGGCCCGAGGGUACUCAAUCCUCGAAGGACUCAAGACCUCAAAGGACUCAAGAGGAGAAGAAUGGCACAAGAGAACGAGCUCAACAACUCAUCAACACCAAAUAUUCAAAUUAUCUUAUACUCAAGAAGACUGAUAUGGAAACAAUGUUUAAGAUCUUCCAAGAAGCUGAGGAGAACAAGAAACUUGUUUAUAUGCUGCUAUCAUUCCUGUUGCAUGAUUUCUUGCCCGGAGAACCUGCUCUUAAUGUGAUAGCUCAGCUUUAUGUGAAAGACAUAAUUGACUUCAAAUAGAAUUGUUUAAGCACUUUUUAACCUGUUUAGUUAUUAUGAAAUGAUUAGUAUAUAUGUUAGUACUUUGUAGUACUGGUCAUGUAAUAUUUUAACAUAAAUAUACUUUGAAUAAAUCCUCUUUUUAAGCAUGCAUUUGAACUAAAAAGUUAAAAAUGUGAAUUGAUACCUCAUGGAAUACUGUGAAGACACUUUAAAUGAAUUUCCCUCUCUGGCUGCCUGGCAGAAUUUCGUUUUGAUGCUUCUGAAGUUUUGUUGUUAAGAUGCACCUUUUAAAUCACCAUUUAAAACACUUUUUUUUUUUUUUUUAAACUAAACUUUUUCAUUAUCCAUGUCACUUCAGGGAGCACAAUGGGACUGUAUGCUAGCAUCACUUAGACUUGUUGUACAGUGUAUGACAAAUAAGUUAAGAAGUGUAUAUAAGCAAGCUUUUCAGAGCUUCUGAAAAGAACUCCAUAAAUUCCACGAGUAACCUACUAAAACUGAAACCUAUGUAAGAAUAAGAGGUCAGAGGUUGUUGGCCUAAUUGAAGGGUUAGGUUUGUUUUAAACAUUUUAAAAAGUGUAUUGGAGAUUCAUUAGUGUAUCCAGACAGCUGUUUUUGUCAAUGUCAAUAAAUGUGUUUCACCUUUAA